CAUCUCCGUGCGAUCAGCGGCAGGUAAACACUGCUGCGUCGCGAUGGACUCAAACAAGGACGAAGCCGAGCGAUGCAUUAAAAUAGCUGUAAACGCGAUCAGUAACAGCCAACCGGACAAAGCAAAGAAGUUUUUGGAAAAGGCACAACGACUGUUUCCGACAGAUAAAGCUAAAAAAUUGCUGGAAUCAUUAACACAUAAUGGAAAGCCUCCGGAAGAGAAUGGGGAGCCCAUUAAUGGUGAAGGACCCACUAUGAGGCACCGUAGUCACAGAGAGGAGACUAAUUCAGCAGGAGCCACUGACUCAACCAAACCCUACACCACAGAACAGCUAGAUGCUGUCAAAAAAAUUAAGAGCUGUAAAGAUUACUACCAGAUUCUGGGAGUUGAGAAGAGUGCAUCUGAUGAGGAUCUAAAGAAGGCUUACCGAAAGCUCGCACUGAAGUUUCACCCAGAUAAAAACCAUGCCCCUGGAGCUACAGAAGCAUUCAAGGCUAUUGGUAACGCCUACGCUGUGCUGAGUAACACUGACAAACGAAGGCAGUACGACCAGUAUGGAGAGGAAAGGUCACAGCCGAACAGACACAGGCAUCACCGUGAAUUUGAAGCAGAUAUCUCACCUGAGGACCUGUUCAACAUGUUUUUUGGUGGGGGUUUCCCAUCAAGUAAUGUACAUGUUUACAGAAAUGGAAGAAUGCACUUUGCCCAACAGAAUAGACAAGAAAGACGAGAACAACAUAGAGACGGAGGACUGGCCCUGUUCGUACAACUGAUGCCCAUCUUAAUCCUCAUUAUUGUUUCUGCUCUCAGCCAAAUGAUGGUGACCCCGCCGCCGUACAGCCUUAGUUACCGCCCGUCAGCCGGACAUAUCCACAAAAAGUAUACAUCAAACUUGAAGGUUCUUUUCUAUGUGGGAGAACGUUUUGAUGAAGAAUAUUCGGGGAAUAACUUGAAGAAUGUUGAAAGGAGUGUAGAAGAAGAUUAUAUCUCCAACCUCAGAAACAACUGUUGGAAAGAGAAGCAACAGAAGGAAGGUCUACUGUAUCGUGCUCGUUACUUUGGAGAUUCAGACUUAUACCAAAGGGCACAGAGAAUGGGGACUCCCAGCUGUUCCCGGCUAUCUGAGAUUCAAGAUGGGUAGAAACCACUGGGACACACAUGGGUUCGUCUGUACUUGAAUCCAACUGGAAGACACUUGCCAGAGCCCAAUUAUAUUGGAUGAUAUUACUGCAGCAAAACCAGAGAAUAAAAAAGGCCUUACACACCAGGGGGCAGCAAAACUCAUCAGGGAACCUCUCUGCAACCUUGUGUAGAUUGACUUCCUGUAGGACUUGUGAGAUGAUUUGAUUGCGGACAUUGUUUUAAUCCUUUGUCCUUCAGAUCACCAAGUGUUCCGCUUGGCAUCAUGGCAAAAAAUAAAUUUUUAGAAAAGGACAAAAAGCAUACGCAUCUAAUUGAAAUGCUAACAACAGCUGCUACAAUUAGCUUCCUUUGUCCUAACCUUUUGAUUUCCUGAUGUUUUGAGAACACCCAUGGCCUUUUCCUUGACACACGUCUGAGCCACUCCCACAGAAUUUUAUAGUUCUUAACAAGUGUAAAUAUUCAUUUUACUUAAAACUGCAGAUUUUAUGUGGAUUUGCUUGUAGUCUGUUGGAUCAUGAGUACUGAAAAUGAUUACAUUAAUAAAAGUAAACACUUAUUUAUUAAAUUGUUCAUGAUAAAGUUGUAUCAUGGUUUAUUUGAAUUCAAUUUGUCCAAUGAAG